CCGCGUGUUCCCCCGCUCAUCAAUUAUUCACCAGAGGGCCGGCUCGUUGCCUGGACAAAGAAUCUUUCGAUACCUAUAUAUAUUUAUUCUCGGAUUCAUCCCGCCUCGAAUUGUUGAAACCCUCUCGCGGAGCAUCCAAACAUUUAAUUGCCCCCACGGCCCACAGUGUGCUUCCCCUCAUCCGCUUUCAACAGGAUAUCUAUACUCUGUCUCUCCUCGUGCUCUGAAGGAUCACAUUUCUCUCAGUCAGAAACCUCAUCCCCGUGUUCCAGGGAUUGCGCCUCCGUCCUCACACCUUUUCGCGAACGUCCCCUACAGUAAUCAACCAUGAGCCGCGCCGUCGAAGACAAACCCCUGGCACGAGACCAGGAUGAUAUCGAUGACGACGACGCCUUAUUCAGCGCCUUAGAGAACGAAGAUGAUUCAACCUAUCGAGCACACCGGAUUGAGCAGCUCAAUUCCGAAUUUGCGUCGGCCCAAGGCAACAACCGACCUCGUGAUGCGGCCGCACCUACAAUUGUCGAAGACAGCCUCUAUCCCACUAUCGCAAGUGACCAGGCCCUGCUAGACUUCACAACCCAAACCCACCGGUGCGUGAUUCACUUUGCGCAUCCGGAUUUCGCGCGCUGCAGCACGAUGGACGAGCAUAUUCGAGCGCUAGCGGCAUGGCACCAUGAGGUGCGCUUUGCUCGGGUGGAUGUGCGGAAUACUCCAUUUGUGGUGGAGCGGUUGAAGAUCCGGGUUCUGCCAUGCGUGAUUGGUUUCAAGGAUGGGAUGGGAGUUGAGCGACUAGUCGGGUUUGAAGGCCUUGCGUCCGGGGGUCGAGAUGGCACCGACGGGUUCAGCACCGCGACUCUCGAGAAGAGACUCAUUUGGAAAGGGAUCCUCGCUCAGGAGAAAUUCCGAGCUGGAGACAACGGCUCUGACCAGUCGGAGGAAGAUAGCGACGAUGGGGAUCGCAGAGAUCGGGGGAAGCGAGCUAUUCGUAGCGGGAACGCAAGGAACUACAGGCACGAUGACGACGAUGAUGACGAUUGGGAUUGAACUCAAUGGCCUUUAUAAACCUGCCCUAUCACUCAAGGCAGCCUAGCUUUGGGGGCGAGAGGCAACUGUUCCCUCGAUAAGCCCAAGCGGGAUUAGAAACAGGAUUAGGGGCUCAAGAUUCAACACUUGGCUAUGGACGCCGACGUAGGCGCGUAACCGCCCGCAGCAGUUCACCUGGUGAUGGAUUAUAAAGCCCCGUAUUUCCGGGUCAUGAACCUCUCUGGUCCAGAUACGUUUCGGUGGUAUCCAAUUGAUGCGUGUUCAUAACCGGUGGCUAGAAUCGGAGCGAGCAAGCAACAGUACUAGUAUCGGACUCGAAGUGGGAAUCAAUACUGGCGCAUAUGGCGCGGCACCGAAUAUAUCAAGUUAAUCACUGGGUGUUGGCGGUAGAUACACCGUAGUCCACUAGAUUAAUCACAGAGCGAAACAGGCUAAGAAU